AUGGCGUUGCAAUUUUUGAUUAGCUUAAAACUCGUUGUUUUGUUAAUAAAAUCAAAUUACGCUAUUGUAGUAGAUUCCAACAAUUGUAUAGAUUAUAAUACAAAUACUGGGACAGUUUAUCCAAAUGUGGCGGAUCCUAAAGUGCGAUAUUAUUUAUUUACUCAAAAUAAUUUAUUGGAUGGACAAGAGAUUGAGAAUCAAGACAUUAAUUCUUUGAUAAAUUCAAAUUUUGACGCGUGCUGGCAAACCAGAAUUUACAUAGGAGGUUGGAAAGUUGUACCAGAAAAUUGUAAAACAGCGUUAGUAAAAGACUCUUAUUUAAACAUAGGUAAUUUUAAUUUUAUCAUUGCUGAUUGGAGUGAUUGGGGGACGAAAGAUUAUAUUCCAGCAUUUAAAAGUGUAAAUGAUAUUGGAAGUUCAAUUGGAAAUUUUACUAAAUUUUUAAAUAACUGUUAUAAUGUUAAAUAUUGUGAUAUGUAUCUAAUUGGUCAGGGAAUGGGUGCCCACAUUGCUGGAGCUGCUGGAAAUUUCAUAGCACCACAGCAAUAUAACACAAUUUUUGCGUUGGAUCCGGCUGGCCCAGGUUUUUCUGGGGUGGCUCCUUCAUAUAGAUUGGAUCCCUUUGAUGCUGAUUAUGUGGAAUCAAUAUCUACCGAUAUGUUUCUUUGGGGUUAUGGAGGUGAAGAACCAAUAGGUCAAGCUCAAUUUUUUCCAAACAAUGGUGUACGUAUUCAACCACAUUGUCCUUACACACCGAUAAUUACAGAUACAUGCAGCCAUACCGCAGCAGUUGAUUACUUUGCGAAUAGUUUAAACUCAUCAAUUAAAUUUUGUGGUAGAGCAACUACGUGGGACGAUGUAUAUCUUGGAAAUGUUCCACAAACUGAUCCAACUUGUUGUAUAACUAUGGGUGGUGAACCGUCAACUAAAAAACAAGGAGAUUAUUAUGUUGCAACUAGUUGUUCCGGACCAUUUCCAUCUUAA